GGAUGGCUGCCACGCGGCGUCUGCCCGCAGCUAAGAUGGCGCCACCAGGGCGUUCUGUCCGCCGCCCGGCGCUCCCGGCAUGCAGUGCGCGGGGCCGGGCACACAGCUGCCAAGAUGGCGGACCUGGAGGAGCGGGUGUCGGAUGAGGAGAAGGUGCGUAUAGCUGCAAAAUUCAUCACUCAUGCACCCCCUGGGGAGUUCAAUGAAGUAUUCAAUGAUGUCCGGUUAUUGCUUAACAAUGACAAUCUUCUCAGGGAAGGAGCAGCACAUGCAUUUGCACAGUACAACAUGGAUCAGUUCACCCCGGUGAAGAUAGAAGGGUACGAGGAUCAGGUCUUAAUCACAGAACAUGGUGAUCUGGGCAAUGGCAGAUUUUUAGACCCAAGAAACAAGCUUUCUUUUAAGUUUGACCACUUAAGGAAAGAAGCAAGUGAUCCCCAGCCCGAGGACACAGAAUCGGCCUUAAAGCAAUGGAGAGAUGCCUGUGACAGUGCUUUGAGGGCCUACGUCAAAGAUCAUUACCCCAAUGGCUUCUGCACUGUUUAUGGUAAAUCUAUAGAUGGACAGCAGACAAUUAUUGCCUGUAUUGAGAGCCACCAGUUUCAGCCCAAAAACUUCUGGAACGGGCGUUGGAGAUCAGAAUGGAAGUUUACCAUCACACCACCGACAGCUCAAGUGGCUGCAGUGCUCAAAAUCCAGGUCCAUUACUAUGAAGAUGGCAACGUCCAGCUGGUUAGUCACAAAGACAUUCAGGACUCUGUACAGGUGUCAAGUGAUGUCCAAACUGCUAAGGAGUUUAUUAAGAUCAUAGAAAAUGCAGAAAACGAGUACCAGACAGCAAUCAGUGAAAACUACCAGACUAUGUCAGACACCACUUUCAAAGCCUUACGCCGGCAGCUGCCCGUCACCCGCACCAAGAUUGACUGGAACAAAAUCCUCAGCUACAAGAUUGGCAAAGAAAUGCAGAAUGCUUAAUGCAGAAACAAGGAGGUGUAUGAAACAGUCGUGUGCAAAAAAACAAAUACGGUCCUAUGCCAAGUAGAUGGUUUUUAAACCAGAGCAGCAUUUUUUAGGGCUUUCAAAGUUAACAGGUUUUCUAGCCUGAGAGGGAACCGUGGAACAAAUAGUUGUCUUUGUGUUUUGUGUUUCCUGCCACAUAAACUUCCUGUUGUAGCUGCAUUUAAUAGGUCAUUUAAAUUCAGCCAUUCAUGGCUCAGAAGUAUAGCUGUUCUCAGUCACUGGCUGGAAAACUUCCUAGCUGGAAAAGCCCUAUUAUUACCCCAGGAGAGGGUGCAGAGCGUUCCCUUCACCUGUAUCCAGCACUCCAGGUAUCCAGUAAGUUUGUCAAACCUGCCAAGAGCUCACGGCGCUGCAAGACACAGUAAGUGCAAGACAGUGAGUCCUCGUGUAUCCUUGUUCCCAACCUCCACAAAGCAGAUGCCUGCAGGCUUAGAUUUUGCUGUAGAAAAUGAGUUUACAGGAUCCUUUACAGAAUUCCCUUUACUGACCCAGCUCUUCCAAGGACAUAACUGUUUUUUAAUCUGAAGAUUUGAGCCAUGUUCCCUAAAAGUGAACAUUUUUCUUCUCCCCUCCCUCGUGUACGUACGGUUACCAGACAUCUGCAUUUUUACAGAACUACAAGAUGAGUCACUGCUGAUCCACAAGGGCUGGAUGGUGAUUAAAAAUGCAAAUGUCUACAAAAUAAUAGGUAUGUUGUGCUUUAAUGCUUUGUGGCAGGUUCAUAGAUUUGUAUCACAGGUGUAUGGAUGGAUAGUGUACAAAAUAAAUAAACUUGCACCAAAGUGAAAGAAAAAA